ACCCACAAGGGAAGUGUCCUCAGCAACACCACUUUGAUUGUCACCACCCGUCAAACUGAUGAGAAAGCUUCCCAUCUACUGACUGACUCACCGGAAUCUCACUCUAUUCGCCGGAAACUGCCGACCCAUUUCGCCGGAGACUCACCAUCAUGGACGUUGACUUCUGGGCUUCAAGGAUUCACUCGGCCAAGCACCUCACUGCUGUCCAAGCUGCUCGCCUCAACUCUGAAGGAGAUGAUGAUGCAAGAGCUUAUUUCCCAUGCCCCUUCUGUUAUGUGGACAUUGAAAUUCCAGUGCUCUGUAGCCAUCUGCAGGAGGAGCACUGCUUUGACUUAAAAAAUGCGGUUUGUCCCUUGUGUGCGGCAAAUCUAGGAAAGGAUGUGAUUGGACAUUUCACAUUGCAGCAUGCCCAUUCAUUAAAGCGGAGGAGAAAGUCUCAAAAAUCUGGUGCCUGGACAAAUAGCCCCCUUAGAGAAUUGAGUUCAUUUCUCGGCUCUAGGGGAAACUCAUAUGAAUCUGCACCUGAUCCACUCCUUUCACCGUUUCUCUGCAGUAUAUCUGUUUCAGAUGGCAACCAGCAAGAUAAAUGCUCUAGUGAUAAUGCCUCAUUUGCUUCUGAUAUGAAAAGCACUGUGCCAUCAACACCGAGUGAAGGCCAAGAACAAGAUUAUGAAGAGAGACAGCAGAGAGCCAUUUUUGUUCAACAGUUGAUUGGGUCAACCAUUUUCUAGGACCCUCUGCCCUGUCAGCACAUUGCGGAAUUUAGAAUUUUCAACAAUGCCAAGGGCCACUUCACUCAUUGAUCACCAAUGCUGUGCCCGGCUACUGGGUUUUACUACAGAUGCUUGAAUUUAGGAAGUCAAAUAGUUCCUAUAUCUGGUUUUCUAGAAGAAUUGUCCUGGAAAAGGGCAAUGAAUUGGGCGUGGUUAUGGCUACUCUUUAGGCAAUGCAUAUUUAUUAUCUAGCAAUCUAUGUAUGUACGCAUAUUUGCAGCCUGUAUGAAGGCAACGUUCUGUAAUAUGUAGAAAACAAACUCUCCUGGUUUUAAAGCUAGCCUAAAUAUUAAACUUUUAUUUUCCAAGUAUAAAUUUCAUGGACAGCAGAUUUCAGUA